AUGUUUGCUAAGACUAUUCGCUCAAUGACCACUCCGGCUCGUCGUGGUUUUGCAACCAACCAAAAGAUUAAAGUGCAUAAACCGAUCGUGGAGUUGGAUGGUGACGAGAUGACACGCGUCAUUUGGUCACAGAUUAAGGACAAGUAUAUUCAUCCGUAUUUGGACUUGGAUAUUGAAUACUUUGACUUGGGAUUACCGCAUCGUGAUGCGACAGACGACCAGGUGACGAUCGAUGCUGCUCACGCCAUUCAGGAACAUCACGUGGGUAUCAAAUGUGCGACCAUCACUCCGGAUGAGCAACGCAUGGAAGAGUUUAAGCUCAAGAAAAUGUGGCGUUCGCCCAACGGCACGAUCCGUAACAUUCUAAACGGUACAGUCUUCCGUGAACCAAUUGUAAUUUCCAAUGUGCCUCGCCUUGUGCCUGGCUGGAAGAAGCCCAUUGUUGUCGGUCGUCAUGCUUUUGGUGAUCAAUACAAGAGCACGGACUUUAUUGCUCCUGGUCCGGGUAAGUUUGAGGUCGUGUACACUCCUGCGGACGGUAGUGAGAAGACGACCCUUGAAGUGUACGACUUUAAGGGCCCUGGCAUUGGUCUUUCAAUGUACAAUACGGACGAGAGUAUUUACGGUUUUGCCAAGAGCUGUCUGUCUUUUGCUCUGAGCAAGAAACAGGACCUAUUCCUGUCCACCAAGAACACAAUCUUGAAGAAGUACGAUGGUCGCUUUAAGGACAUCUUUGAGGAAGUGUACCAGAAUGAGUUCAAGGCCAAGUACGACGCCGCCGGCAUCUCAUAUACGCAUCGACUUAUUGACGAUAUGGUCGCCCAAGCUUUGAAGAGCGAUGGUGGCUUUGUAUGGGCCUGCAAGAACUACGAUGGUGACGUACAGUCAGACAUCGUCGCCCAAGGCUAUGGCUCGCUCGGCCUCAUGACAAGUGUGCUAGUCGCCCCCGAUGGAAAGACAGUGGAGGCUGAAGCCGCCCACGGCACAGUCACCCGCCAUUGGCGCCAAUACCAACAGGGCAAGAAAACGAGCACCAAUCCCAUUGCCUCGAUCUACGCCUGGACGCGCGGUCUUUCCCACCGUGGCCAGCUUGACGGAAAUCAGGAGCUUGUUGACUUCUCCCUGAGCUUGGAGGAUGCCGUGAUCAAAACGGUGGAGGCUGGCCACAUGACGAAGGACCUGGCUAUCUGCAUUCACGGCUCCAGCGUGACCCCGGACCAUUACCUGUACACGGAAGACUUCAUGGACAAGGUUAAGGACACCUUCGACGCCACCCGCAAUUAA